CUCCUCCCCACACCCUUCCCUCUGCCCUCCCGGCCUUCCCCACAUACCUUCUCUCACCACCAUGGAGUUCGACCUGAAUGCAGCUCUGGACUCCACCUCCAAGAAGCCACAGGGGGCAGCCCAGGCGGGAGACCACAAACACAGCACCCCCAAAGUUCAGGGCCAGGCAGAGGCCAGGGCAGCUGAUAAAGCCAAGCAUGGCCACGGUCACGGCAGCUCCUCAGACUCCAGCAGCAGCAGCAGCUCUGGCGACUCGGACACGGAAGCAAAGCCUCAUGCUGCCGCCUCGGACAAGCACAAGAAUACAGCGGGCAAGGUCAAGAAGCCCAAGGUGAAGAAGAAGGAGAAGAAAGACAAGGCAAAGAAGGAGGCUCCUCACUGACCGGCCUGGGCGGAGGGGUCUCAUUAAACCUUUUCUCGGCCCGAAGGCCGCCUUCCGGUA